AUGGCUGCCAGCACUCAACCGGAUCGUGAACUCCACUUCGUGGCCGUUAGAGGCCAGAAGUCACGUUCAAGCUCGGACAAGAAAGAUCGUAGCUCGGUACGUGCGUUUGUGAUGCGAGACUACCUGAGGCAGAAGAGCGACCCGACAUGGAGCUUCACUCCGGCAAAGGUCGCUGACCAGAUGAGGUCGCACAUAUCACGCUUUCGAACAACCAGGAUCACAUCAGCAGCAGGGCCGAGGAAGAGGAAGAUGGCAAUGGCACUGGAGCGAAGGGCUGAGAAGAGAACCAGGACCCAACGUCCACUAAUCCCUGCACCUGUUGGCGUGGACGAGCGUAGCUCAACGCGCUCAUCACUCCACGACUUAGACAUGACGGAUCCCUUCUGCACGUUGGAAGUCGAUCUCUCGGGCUCGGAUUCUCAAAACCUUCUCCAGUACUAUCACACUGGGUUUUGGGCCAAUUCGUACGCCUGCAACCCCGAAGCCAGAUGGAUUUCCGUCGCGCUGAUGGACCCCGCCAUCAUCCACGCCACCCUCAGCCUAGUGGCGAUCCAUCGAAGAGAUUGCUUCUCUAUUGACCUGUCGAACGUCUACUUCAAGCAUAGAGGCGAGGCCAUGAGGAUCGUUGCCCGCAGACUGAGUAACCUGAAGGAAUCUCUAAGUUAUGGGACCAUUGGCGCGGUGGCUCUGCUUUCCAGCUCAGACAACCAUUUCGAAUGGUCCUCCGAGGCCCAAUCGACGCACUCUCAGGGGUUGGGCCAUCUGAUCGCACUGCGUGGCGGCAUGGAGAUGUUGAGCUCGAAUCGACACAUUCAGAGGGUGGCAGGAUGGGCGGACCUGCUCCAGUCCGCCAUGCAUGGAACAUGCCUCCAGGUUGAAAUGCCAGCCGCAGUGCAGGAAUCCUCGGCAGAAGACAUCGACCUGAAUGUUAGUGAUGAUGAAGCAGGCGAGCUGCUGACAGGAAUCGUGCUGCAAGAUCUGCCCCCAACAGUAGGCGACACGGUUCAGCAACUUCGGAUCCUGUCGUCAGUGAAGGUUUAUCUGCUAAGGGAGCGCCAUGAAGAGUUGUGUCGUGUCUUCAGCAACCUGCUCUGGAAGCUCGAACAUUCCAUCCUGAGUCGAUCGCAGAACCCCCAGCUCACCAUCGGGACAGAGACAGGCUCACGCGAUGAUACGCUCAAACAGGAUCUGAUUUCCAGCGUUGUUGACACUGCCGCGCUUAUUCUCUCCUACCUGACCCUCCGAGACCUUGCAGCCCCCAUCGUGUAUAGAAGGCUCAGCGGGCGGCUACAGGGACAUCUGGAGACCUUGCUCCUAUUCCUCGAACAGGAAGGUGGUCUUGGCGUGGAAGAGGACGAAUUCGCCAUUCUCUUGUGGUCAUUUUUCCUCGGAUGGCGAGGAUCGAACAAGGAUGAGACGCAAGCUUGGUUCACGGGUCGACUUGCACAACUGUGCUGGAGACAUGGAAUUCUUUCCUACGAAACAGUCAGGGCAAGGAUUCAGUCGGUGAUCCCUCAGGCCCACGGACUGGUGGACGUACCAGAGGAGUUUUGGACUCAGACAGAAGAUGUCAUCUGGUCGGAUAUGCUCUCGCUCAACAAUGUGGGCUUUGGGGCGGUAUAG